UUUAUCCGUAGGUCUAUAUAAAAGGUGGGUAUAAAAUAAGAGGGUAACUGGAUGACUCCACCCACCAUCCGAAAUGGACAGGUUCUUAUUUCUUCAGCUCUUCCUCCUCGUAGCAAUCCUGAGCUCGGAGGGCUUCCCGCGCAAAUCGAAGGAGUGGGAGAAAUGCUUUAUUGACCCUGACUACGAAGAACUGGUGGACAUUGCCCAAAAUGGGCUGGAAGGAGCAUGUCGUUCAAAGGAGGUGGUGAUUGUCGGGGCAGGAAUCAGUGGACUCACUGCUGCCACACUGCUGAAAGAAGCUGGUUGCAAGGUCCUGAUUCUGGAAGCCAGUAACCGUGUGGGAGGACGUAUCUUGACCUACCGAGAAGGAGAUUGGUACGCGGAGCUGGGAGCCAUGCGUUUGCCAAGAAGCCACAGGAUUGUGCGUGAAUUUAUUACCAGAUUCGGACUUAAACUGAAGCCAUUCUAUAAUACUAAUGUCAAUGCCUGGUAUUUGACUAACAACGUCAGGGCAAAAUCUGGAGAUGUUGACCGAAACCCUGAUAUCUUGCAAUACCCUGUGCUUCCCACAGAGAGGGGGAAGUCUGCCGGUGAACUUUAUGACCAGACACUGGAUAAGGUGACAACAGACUGCAGAGCUUUGAAAGAGAAAUAUGACUCAUUUUCCAUCAAGGAAUAUUUGAUCAAAGAAGGAAAAUUAAGUAGAGGAGCCAUUGACAUGAUUGGUGACGUGCUGAAUCUAGAUGGUAGUUUCCACCUGUCUUUUCUGUACUCUGUCAUGGACGAUAUUGCGUUCAAAGAAGGUCUUGAUGAGAUCAUAGGGGGAUUCGAUCAGCUACCAGUGGCUUUCUACAAGACUAUGCCUAGGGAUAUUCUAUUUCAGUCCACAGUGGUGAAGAUACUACACGACAAUGAAAAAGCGAGAGUGUUUUAUCGCAGGCCACUCACAUCGCUCCUCUCCUCAGUGAUGGCCGACUAUGUCCUUGUCACAACCACAGCAAAAGCUGCACGGUUCAUUAAAUUUUCUCCACCUCUUUCCUCCAACAAGACCCAUGCCCUGCGCUCCCUCCGCUACUCAAGGGAUGUGAAGAUUUUUUUGGCCUGCAGGGAAAAGUUUUGGGAGAAGGAUGGAAUCUAUUAUGGGAGGUCAAUCACUGAUCGUCCAUCCAGGUUCAUCUACUACCCCGGCCACAAUUUCUCCAGUGGAGUGGGGGUGAUCCUGGCUUCCUACACUUGGGAUGAUGAGGCUGAAUUCUUCACUCCCCUCAGUGAUGAACAGUGCGUUGAUGUGAUACAGGAGGACCUGGCAGAAAUCCACCAGCUGCCCAAGACUUAUAUCCGGAACGUCUGUGAUAAACAUGUGGUCAAGAAAUGGGGUCUGGACAAAUAUGCGAUGGGAGCAUAUGUUUCAUUAACCCCGUAUCAGUUAGUCGACUACUCCAAAGCUUUGUUUCAGAACGAAGGGAGGGUCUAUUUUGCAGGAGAAUACACUGCUCACCCUCACGCCUGGAUCGAGACGGCUAUGAAAGCUGCCGUGAGAGCAGCCAGGAACAUCCAUGGUGCUGUCAGUGCAUCACCCAGGUGGCAACAGGAAGAGCUGAAGGAAAAUAAAUUGUAAUGGAUUUUUGAGUGUUUCGUGAAGGUACAAACCCCUGGGGAUUCUGAUGGGGGAAUUAAAA